CUGGUGAUUCAGGCCUUUCAGCCAUUUGCAGAACUUUGGCCCUUUGGAGGCAGGGCAGUCAGCCAGGGAGGUCUAGCCCCCAGCUCUGUUCCUGAGCGGCUUAACUGGCUCCAACCGUCCAGUUGGGGCUGGUCAGAGGGAAGCGCCUGGGGCUAUUUCCCCGCCUAUGGGAGUUCAGGCAUUCUGUUCUCUAAAGCCCCGCCUGCCCUUGGGGCUGCCCACUCCCUCUUCUGAUCCCCCCUGGCGGGGGAGAGACCUCUUCAAGCAGGGCCUGGACUACAUCUCCCAGCGUGCCUGGCAGAGUGGUGGCCUCUGUGUGCCGACUGCACCAGUUGCGGGCAAUGAUGCAGCGGACUGUGAGCAUGGUGUCCCGUUUGGGCUUGCGUCUGCAGGCGCCCCCCUUGGCCCUGGGCCGUCCGCUCAGUUGUGCACAGGACGUGCUCCGCAGGACACCACUCUAUGACUUCCACCUGGCACAUGGCGGGAAGAUGGUGGCAUUCGCGGGCUGGAGCCUGCCAGUGCAGUACCGGGACAGCCACAUUGACUCACACCUGCACACACGCCGGCACUGCUCACUCUUUGACGUGUCCCACAUGAUGCAGACCAAGAUAUUUGGCCGUGACCGGGUGAAGCUGAUGGAGAGUCUAGUGGUUGGUGAUAUUGCUGAGCUAAAGCCAGACCAGGGGACACUGUCGCUGUUUACCAAUGAGGCUGGAGGCAUCUUAGAUGACUUGAUUGUGACCAACACUUCUGAAGGACACCUAUAUGUGGUGUCUAAUGCUGGCUGCUGGGAGAAGGACCUGGCCCUCAUGCAGGAUGGGGUUAGAAAGCUUCAUAACAUGGGCAGUGAUGUAGGCCUGGAGGUGAUGGAUAAUGCUCUGCUAGCCCUGCAAGGCCCUACUGCAGCACAGGUGCUCCAGGCUGGUGUGGCAGAUGACCUGAGGAAACUGCCCUUCAUGACCAGUGCUGUGAUGGAGGUGUUUGGAGUGUCUGGCUGCCGUGUGACCCGCUGUGGCUACACAGGAGAGGAUGGUGUGGAGAUCUCCGUGCCGGCAGUGGAGGCAGUCCGCCUGGCAACAGCUCUGUUGGAAAACCCACAGGUGAAGCUGGCCGGGCUGGCAGCCCGGGACAGCCUGCGCCUGGAGGCAGGCCUCUGCCUGUAUGGGAAUGACAUUGAUGAACACACCACACCUGUGGAAGGCAGCCUCAGCUGGACACUGGGGAAGCGCCGCCGAGCUGCCAUGGACUUCCCAGGAGCCUCAGUCAUUGUUCCCCAGCUGAAGGGCAAGGUGCAGCGGAGGCGUGUGGGGUUAACGUGUGAGGGGGCUCCUGUGCGGAUGCACAACGCCAUCCUGAGCACGGAGGGCACCGUGAUUGGUACUGUGACCAGUGGCUGCCCCUCGCCCUGCCUGAAGAAGAAUGUGGCGAUGGGUUAUGUGCCCUAUGAAUAUAGUCGGCCAGGUACCCCACUGCUGGUAGAGGUGCGGCGGAAGCAGCAGGUGGCUGUGGUCAGCAAGAUGCCCUUUGUGCCCACAAACUACUACACCCUUAAGUAAGGAUGAUGGGGCAGGGCCCUCCCCUCUAGGAGCCUUGCUCUGGAGGGCACUGUACAAGGGGUUAGUCAGGAAGCUGAGGGAGAACACACUAUAGGUAGGUGGCGGCUGAUUCCGGUUGAGGUGGGAUACACCACCUGUCCCAUCUCAUCCAGUGCCGCUGCAACUUCAAGACCCCAUUUCUCAGUAAUGGAGCCCACAUUCCCAUUGACCCCACUCUUGCCUGCUGGGGAAGCAUCAGUUCUGGCACCUCUCCCUCCCACUCUGCUAGGUGCUGGCUGUGAAGGAGAGGCUCACCUUUAGCCGGAGGAUAAAGCCUGCCCAACCUACCUCACCACGGUUCUUCAUACUGCAAAGGGUUAUUACCUUGGGCAGUGCUGGCUACCUCCUCUAGUUCACUUUCCCUGGGCAGGAAUAACUUUUGACUCACAGAGGGUUGGCCCAGUAGGGCUGCCGUGCCUGUGUGUAAACUUGGGGAUGGCUGAGGGGGCAUGGACUCACUCUUCCACGUUCUUAGUUGGUCCAACCUGCUGCCCAGUAGCCAAUGCUGCCAGGCUCACCUCCUGUUCUGAGCCCCAGGGCUGUUGUAGGGCAGGCUGGGCCUCCUCCUUGACUUGCCUUAUCCUGGGCUGACUUUCGCCCCUGGGGGUCAUUACUGGACUCCACUGACUCCUAAAAACAACAUUAAACGAGCUUUCUUCUUGCUUGCCA